GUGCACGGUCAAUAUUCAAAAAGAUAUUCAGUUUAGAAAGGGAAAAUCUAUCAAAAAAACUUAUUGCAACAAGCAUGAAUCGACUGCAGCUUCUUAUGCUGCUCUGCUUGGAGGCAAGGUUAUCACAGGCACACACGUAGCUGACUGCAAAUGAGGAAACUGAAUUAAUAACACGUGACAUGUUAAACGAGUGUCACUAUGAUCGUUAAAUAAUUUACCACGAUAUUUUUGCACAGACUUUUUAACGUGUCUUCUUCACCUUUCCCCUCCGUGUGCACUCGCUGCCCUCUGAUUGGUCCGCGCUUGCUGGCUAUUAAUUGCGCGGCCCUGCGCCCAGGUGGCGGCGUCUUGUGCGCACGUGAGCACGAGCAGCGUCAACGUUCCGGCGAUGUCUCGCGAACAGGGAAGAGAAAUCGUUUUGUACGUGUUCGUGGCAACUGUCUACACGUUCCAGGUGUGUCACUCGGUGAGUUUGGGACAGCGCGGGGGGGGCCGGUUUCCAUCUGACCAAGUCGGAGAGUCACCGGCCGCCAGGUGGGGGGAGGAUGAGGGGACGUGGCCCUCGGCCGAAGGGGACACCCGGGGCGCGCAUCUGCUCAACACCAACCCUCGGCCGGCUGCCUCUGCCGCCGGGGAGUCAUCCCCGCACGUCGUCGUUGUGCGGAACCAUGGUGAAACUGGCAGCGACGCUGCGCCCAACAGCUUCUGGACUGUGGGUGACGUCAGCACGGAUCUCAAGGCCUCCGCUCCGGACAGUGAAGACGGAUAUCAAGCAGACUUCACAGGGAUACACGGAGUCCAGGGGAAGGUUGUGGGUCCAUCAGUCGACUCCGGUCCACACUUCUCCGAGUGGCUGGCCAUGAGGCCUUUGGUGCAGUGUGAUGAGAAUGUCAUGACCUUCACUGCUUCAGGGCAAGGCCUCACACACCUAUUGGUGGACAGAGAGGCCGCGUCUCCCAUCUCUCUGUCCCAGUUACCUCCAUACUGUGGGUACUCGGUGAGGACUUCAUGGAGUGACCUUGAGAUGAUGGCGCCCUAUGAUGCCUGUUACAUUUCACAGGAGAAUGACAGUUAUGUGUUGCCCAUGUUGUGGUGGGGCAAUCCUCUGAAGCUCUCCUGCCCGGUGCAGCUGUCCUCUCCUGCCCGUUCUUUCUCCCCCACUACCCCUUCAGUCUUCUGCUCCCCCUACGGCAUGGCGGUGCAGAUACGUGGGCAGGAGCAGGAUGUACCAAGGCUGGGAGUCAUAGUGAACGGAGGCUGGAAACCAUUUUUAUCUGAAGAGUGUGCUCAUCUUGUCCACUCCAGACCUGACGAGCUCAAUUUCUUCAUCUCUUACGGAGCCUCUUGUAUCCCGAGAGGGGAGGGGCUGCAUCUUCAGCUUGUAUUAGACGAUCAGGAAUAUAUCCUCUCCUGUCCAGUCAAUCCUCAGUUUCACCACAUCCCAGAUCCUGUUAGCCCUGCACCCACAACCCAUCCUCCUCCCCCUCCUCAACCUCCAACCACGGAGUGGGCUCCUCAACUUCCACACUACCCCAACUACCCAUACCCAGGGCUUCAGUACCCCCAGCUUCCCCAGGUCUACCCUCCUGGCCCACAACCUGCCCAGCCCCCCAAGCCCACUCCAGGCAGUCCUCCGGGGGCCCAGCCGCAGUCCCUUCACCCCAUAGGGCCUCCCAAGUUGCCCUACUCUCCUGGAGAGCACCCAGUAUACCUUUUCCCUCCUUAUCCGCCUCCUGUGGUGGAACAAGCUAUAUCUACCCCAACUCUUAGCCUAGUGCAGGGCAGUCAGUCCCAGCAAGUUUCUAAAUUACCUCCUGGCCCUCCUCAGUAUUCAUCUGGACUCUAUUACCCCCAUGUGCCAUUCUAUUACCCUGCAGCGACACCAGCCCCAACCGCUGCAGCUACUGAAACUACUACUACUACUACUCUUCUUCCAGAUACCCAGCCAAACGCAUCUCCUGCAAAUCCUUAUUACCCUCAGUAUUAUCUUCAGAUGCCUUACUAUCCUGCACCCACUGCAGCACCCGUGACCCAGGCACCCGCUCCUCUCCCCCCACCAAAACAACCUGUGGUUCCACAGCACCAAGUCAGUCCAUUUUAUCCACCUGGUUCUCACAGCUCUUACUAUCCUUAUGGACCCGUUUCCUACGUAAAACCCGGUCUUGAGGCGCAAUCACCCUAUUCUUACCCUUAUUAUCCUUAUUAUCAUCCUUUCUACCCACCAAACUACCAUCCACCGUGCCCUCUUGUGCCUCAGUAUCCAGAGAUUCAAACACCAGUGACCACAAAAGAGCCUUUCACCACUGCCUCCACCACCACAAGUACGACAGUGUCCACCCCAACUCAGCCCACUACUCACUUACCUCAUCUCCAGUGUUUCAUGGGGAGGAUGGUUGUCUUCCUACCUUUUGCUCACCCGGACUCCCUCCAGGUCCAAGACCAGACGAAGACAUGGCUGCUUCUCUCCAGUGUGUCACCGCUGUGUGGGUACAUGCUGCAGGUGGCCGAGGGCCCUAGGGUAAUCCUUCAGUCUCCUCUGCCUGCAUGCCACAGCCAGUCGCAGACCCCCGCAACCAUUUCCUUACCACUGAGGUUUUGGGAUCUGUCCGUGGCACAGUAUCGAACUGUGGAACUGCGAUGCCCAUAUGAAAGUACUCCUGAAACUCCUGCACCAGAUACCCCACCUGUCUCCCCUACCCCACCCAGCACCACCCCCUCUCUUGUCCAGAAGCCUAAAGUCAUCUGCUCCCCCCAUCAUAUGACUGUGAAGUUCCCCGCCGGGCUCAUCUCUGGAAUUCUUCUUAAAGACCUUAAAGGGAACCAGAUGAGCCUCCAGGAUGCCCCUAAGCACUGUGGGUAUUCUGCGAGCAAUGGCAAAGAUGGCAAAAUCCAUUUGACACUCCAGCUACACUUGCAGUGCCACAUGAGCUUGCAGGGUCAAAUGUACAUAAUCUCUGUCAUCUACAUGACAAUAAAUGGGAGAAGGGAGGCUCAGCUUUCUUGUCCAGUUGUCGUCCCAGGUUCCGGCAAAGAGUGCAGCAUUGCCAGCGAACAGCGUCUCCCCUGUGGACCCGCGUUUGUAUCCCAGCCACAGUGCCUCUCCAUGGGCUGCUGCUUCAGCAAGCAGCCCCCUGCCUGCUACUACCCCAUGGAUGAGUGCAGUAUUGACCACCACUUUGUCUUCUCCGUGCCUGCCUCCAUCACUGAACCCCCUCUUUCCCCCGCCCUGCUUGUUGCUGCCAGCAACUCCACCUGCAAACCUCAGAGAGUGACUUCUGAUUAUGCCUUGUUCAAAAUCCCAAUGGAUGGCUGCGGGGCACGCAGAGUGGUGGUGGGGAAAAUGGUGAUCUACAUGGUGGAGGUCAUCAACAAGGUUCAGGGAAUCAGUCUCAACUACGGCACCAUCACAAGAGAUUCUCCUGUCAGGUUUUUGGUUGAGUGCCGGUUUCAACCGGGCUCUGUUCUGACUGUGAGCUACCUGGUUAAAACUCCCACCCUCAGUCCUGGAGUUCAGACCCGAGAGAUGUUUGGAGUCCAGCUCAGGAUUGCCAAAGACGCUCAGUACAGCAACUACUACCCUCAGUAUCACCAGCCCCUGCAGAUGCUGCUGGGGAAACCCCUCUACCUGGAAGUGCGGCUGCUUAAUGCCCCAGAUCCCAGUGAGGUGCUGCUGGUGCACUUCUGUGUGGCCUACCCCCGCUCUGGAAAAUCUGUGUGGGUGCUGCUUUACAAUGGAUGUCCCAACCCCUUGGAUCCAGCCCCGCACCAGGCUAUAUUGUCUGAUCCUCGACCAACCUCUCAGCGGGGUCAGACCCGCCGCUUCACCAUCAGCACCUUCCAGUUCCUUCCUGAUGGUGAGUUCAAGGACCCGAAUGAAGAGAUCUACUUCAUGUGUUCAACUGAAAUCUGCUCACCACGUGAUGGACCUUGUGUCGAGGGAUGCUUUGGCCAGUGAUGUUCAGACAUGGAAAAUGCUUGAAGUUGAAACGAUUAUGAUGAUGAUGAUCUGGAAUCAGACAUCACUCAUUUAACUACCAAUAAAGGCCCUUGAGGGACGCUGAGGGUG